UAGGCACAAGGUGCAACGGGGACAGCAGCUCAUGAAUCUGAAAUGUGUGAGUGUGAGUGUGUGUGUGUGUAUGAUGUGAGCAGGGGAUUCAUAAGAACUAAGAAGAGGAGGUGGUGGAUGAGGAGGUGGCGGAGGAGGAGGAAGGGACGGACGCGUAGAGCUCUGCUCAUGAGUGUGUUCAAGCCACCGAGAACGAGGCAAAGGAAGCUGAAAAGCGACGAUGCGAAGCAAGUAGGUGAGCGAGGGAGUAUGUACAAACGAGUCGUGCAGUGGUGAGUGAGAUGCAGCAGUCGAGGCACAGAUACAAGCAAAAUGGCAGCACCUUCUUGCAAGAUAUCCCAAGUUUUCUAUUUUUAGAAUCCUCUCAUUCAUGGCACCUGGGUCCAAGAUCCAUUGUGAGUGUUCCAAAGUGCUCUUUCACCCUCUUGCGGUGGUUGUGACUAGUUUGGGGGUACAUUUCCAUAUAAAAAGGGAUCAAACCGAAGUGUUAUGCCAACAUGUGCGAGCUCGGAAGUCCUGAAAAACUUUGAUUCCCUCACACGAAGGAUCAGCUGUUGUGUUAGACCUCAACUAGGCAACAUUUGUCUCAAACUUGUAUUUCCUUGAAUAACCCGAGAAUUAGUCACCUUAAACCUAAUAGCAUACCACAACCUGUGAUCCAAAUUCGCUCUGAACAACUCCAUCAAACGGAAGUCCUUAUCGCAGUCUUGUUGGAGUUAGUUCGUGACAGCACCGUAACCCUAAUUAAGGGCCUGCUAUAUACUUAGUGGUGUUAAAACAUCAUAGAUCAAAUUCCUCGUGCUUACAACAGACAAACAUUCAUCAGAAGUUUGUGUCAUCCAUACAGAUAAGGAAUAUAUUCAGCUGUCAUUUUCCACCUGAUUACUACCUUCAGUGAAAUCCCCGUGGUGCAUGGGGCGAAAAGUUGAAUAUGGCUGGCCGAGGUCCACCGUAUUCCCAGAGAAAUAACUACGGUGGUGGUAACCACACUGGUGGUUCCAACCAUUCAGGAAAUAGAGGAGGAGGAGGAGGAGACCUCUAUCAACAACUCAUUGACAACAACGACUUGGUAAGAGAGUUGGACGACAUUGAGGCUAUUUCGCAGCAGAUUUCCCAACACGCCGAAGUACUCUAUCAGAAUUGGAAGCAAAACACCACUCCUCGACUUGGAAGUGCUGCGCAAACGAGAGGCUCCACAUCGAGCUUGGGGAACAACGGACCUUAUGGAACGGAAGGGUCGAGAUUCACCAGUAAUUCGAAUCCCAAUUUUUCACGAAGUAAUUCGUCGCCCUCGAAUUCGUUGCAUCCAACAAGGUCAAUAGCAAUCGAAAACAGCGGUGAGAGAUCAGGGUCGACGCCCAGCUACUCCAACCACAAUGGAGGACCAGUGCAUUCGGCAUACAAUCCGUACCGAGACUCAACUAGUCACACAAAUACUUUGCCCACAAGAUUGCACCACCAGAUAGCUCAAGCACAACAGCAAUCCACUGGAACACCGUAUUCAGUGGGCUCGACAGAUUUUUCGUCUCGCUCUUCCACACUUCCCAAUCGAGGCUCCUCUGGAGGUAGAAGCAUUACUCAGAUCAAAUCAGACUUUGAUAUCGAUACCCCGCACAGCGGCACCUCAGGAGCUGCUGCCAACGGAAAUCUUAAGGACCUAGUCAACAGUUUUGUUUCCACGGAUCGAGCGAAGCAAGCAGCUCGAAAUACGAUUUCAUCCACCAUCACAAACAUGAGGAACAAUGGGAAUGGCAACGGCCUUCGGAGCCCGUCGCCAUCCAGUUCCACUAGUUCCUUCGGUUCCAGAGGGAUGUCCCCUUUGAAGAGCCCCAUGCUGGCCAUCUCGAGCGUUUCAUCUCCCACAGGCCCCUUGUCGCCGACAUCUUCCAUAACCUCUAGUUAUGAGAGUCAAAGGGGUUCGACACCUAGGUAUAUGCCCACUAAUGACAUACACACCCAACUCACGCCCAUGUUUGGUGGGGGCGGUGGCGGAAGUGGAAGUCAAUACAUGUCUCAAUCACGUGAUACAUUGGACAGACCAGCCCUGAGGCUUCAACCUCCCAGUUCGGGAUGGAACUCCAUGCCGAUUUCUUCAUCAUCUACGUCGUCAAGUGGUCGGGUCAUUUCGAUUCCUGUGCAACACCUGACGGCCACUGCUUCCACUCCAUCUGGCCUUCAAUCUCCCAAGGUGCUUCAAACGAUUAGCAGUAACAGUGCACCCGCAUUCCCCCGGAGAUCGAGUAACCGGAACAGUUUGGAGUUUGACAUGCCCUUGCCGUCAUUGCAUGCGGCCAAUGUGGAGAGGAUGAAGUUAAGAUUUGAGGAGGCCAAGCAACGCAUGAAUCUCAUGCACCAAAGGGCAAUGGAAUCAGAUGUUGGUGAUCCAGAAAUCUUCAUGGACUUGGACGACGGUUCAAACCUGAUUCUGGAUCAAUUGAGACGACGGAGUGCUAGGAGGGAGAUUCCUUCCGCACCUCAUCCGGAGCUCACGCCCCAACAAAAGCAACACAUCAUGGAACGCUCGUCCCAAGGUCCAAAUUCAACAAGUUCGUUUGGAUCCUCCGGAUUUCCGUUCCGGAGAUUCUUGGGGGGAGGAUCCGUGGCGGAACGGGUCCUCAUUUUUGAGCGAUGUCCAGUGUUCCAGACAUCGGAUUCCAAAGACGAUGGCUUCAAAACCAUUCCAAUCGAGAACCGCAUUGACCCCGCGGGACUUCAUCGCAAGAGUGCGCCGGAACUAUCGUUUAUCAACUCGGGCCCUACUCCUCCGCUUUCCGGGACGUCACCUCCACAAUCUCAGAUUGCCAGUCCGGUUCCAUCCUUCCGAAGCUCAUCCUUGUCAUCACCAUCAGUGCCCACGACAUCCCCACAGAUCCGAAAUCAUGCUCGGGAAGUGCCAGUUGCCAAGGGAAGUCCAGUCAUUACUCCGGUUCUUUCCAAAUCUCCCCCCUCUGCCAAUCCGGUUCUUAGUCCCAUUCAACCCACUUUUACAACGACUGUUUUGGGCUCACGCUCCAUCACUCCGCCCAAAGUGAUCACUCCCCCGCCUCCAUUGGGUCGGCCGAGAUCAUUGGUCAUAGAGGGUACCGCCGCCUCCAAAGGCAGGAGUCUUCCGAAAUUCCAUUUCCCAUUUGGUAACCCCGCGUUGAGUCCUUCAGCCGAGGCGUCUCUUAAAACCAUUCAGGCGGAAUUUCGAAAAUACAAGAGCUCUUGUGUUAGCCAGGAGGACCUGGGUCAGAUCCUAAAGAAAUGCGGCUUUCCAAUAAGUUGGAAAGGAAUAUUGUUCAAUGCGAGUGGCGGGGACAAGGUUGACAGUAUCAGUUACGAGCAAUUCGCCCGAUUUUGGCGGAAAAUGUCGGCUUCCAACCACGAUGAUGCGUCUCAAUUUGCUUACAUUCUGACCCGCGGGCUCCGGCGAUAUCUCGUUCCGGAAGAUUUUGUACCUCUGAUUCAAGAUGUAGUUGAUACUCACCCUGGUCUGGGUUUUCUGAAAGAGGCCACGGAGUUCCAUUCCCGUUACGUUCACACUGUGAUAGCCCGCAUCUUUUUCUGCGUUAAUCGGUCGUGGAGUGGGAAGAUUACAAUCCCGGAGUUGCGUCGAUCCAAUUUCCUCCCAGUACUUAGACUCUUAGAAGAGGAAGAGGACAUCAAUCAGGUCACAGACUUUUUCAGUUAUGAGCACUUCUAUGUAAUCUACUGCAAGUUUUGGGAGCUUGACAAGGAUCACGACCUCUUCAUUGAUAGGGAGGAUCUCUCUAGGCAUAAUGAUCAUGGUAUGUCUCUUCUCAUAAAACCAAUAAAUUGGGCUCCUUUUGGAACAGAAAACAACUUGCUAUUUUCAGCUAUUAGCACACGAAUGAUUGAUCGUAUUUUCUCCGGAGCGGUCACGCGAGGUCAAGCGCAGAAAGAGGGCAAAAUGUCCUACACAGAAUUUGUUUGGUUCCUCUUGGCUGAGGAAGAUAAGCGGCACCCUACUUCAAUCGAAUACUGGUUCCGUUGUAUGGAUCUUGACGGUGAUGGCUUUUUAUCUAUGUACGAGAUUGAAUAUUUCUACGAGGAACAGCUCCAGCGAAUGGAACAACUCAUGAUUGAGACUUUGCCUUUUGAGGAUUGUCUGUGUCAGAUGCUUGACAUGAUUAUGCCCGACGACCCUACCAAGAUUUCUUUGAGAGACCUUAGGACUUGUCGAAUGACUCCUAUCUUUUUUGAUACAUUCUUCAAUUUAGAAAAAUAUUUGGAACAUGAGCAAAGAGAUCCUUUUGCGUCCCAACGUGAUGUGGAUGAGGAUGGCAAUGAAAUAUCGGAUUGGGAUCGAUUUGCGGCCGAGGAAUAUGAACUUUUGGUGGCUGAGGAGGGACACGCUGAAGUUCUUGAUGACAUGGGAUAUGAGGACGACGAAAACUCGGCGGAAAUGAAUUUUGAGGAGGCAUUAGAAGAUGCAGCAGAGAAUGGCAAAGACGCGACCGCCGGCAUUAACAAGCGAUUGAACUCCUACGAAUCAAAACUCAGCAACAGUUAUGGCUUGAAAGAUCCUGUGUUUUCCUCAGCGACCAAUGGAUGAUUAACACCUCCUAUCUGGCUCCUAAAGCUUGCAUAUAAACCAGACGGAGCCUUGCCUUAUGACAAAAUAACCCCUUGUUUAACGAUGGCACAAAGAAAUACCUUAAUAAAAAGAGGCCAAAGUGCUGAGAUAAGUA